AACCAAAAUACAAAUUUACAAAAGAAUUUGGAAAACUUACAAAGAUCUAGAGAACAAGAAAAAUGUGAUAAUUGUGAUUGGAAUUCGUUAGUUGAAGAAAUAAGUAAUUUGAAAGCAAAACUUGCAGAUGUGCAAAGUAGUAAAGAUACUUUGGAAGAGAAUCACAGGGAAGUUCUCUUUCAUUAUCAAAGAGAGAUGGCCAAUGCCCUCUACCAUUUAUGCCAACGCCUUAAUGAAGCAAAGUUGAGAAAUAGAAAUGUAGAAAUGAAAUUACAAGUUGCUUUAGAUCAGCUGGAGAAUUUAUUCAUGCAGCCUAGCAAGGUAAUCUGG